AUGCAUUUUCUAGAAAAUGUAGCAGUACUUGGUGCUGCUAUACAGUCAUCAACAUCUGGGGUCUGGAUUGCUGAAAAUGCCAUUGAUCGAGGUCUCCAGCAGUUGUAUACAGGAUGUUCCUCAACACUCAGACAGACUAACCCAUGGUGGAGGUUGGAUCUGUAUGAUAUUUACAGUGUUAACAGAGUGGUCAUUACUAACAGAAACGACUGCUGUGCAGAACAAAUAAACGGAACAGAGAUUCGCAUCGGGAACUCUUUGGAGAACAACGGCAACAACAAUCCCAUAUGUGCUGUUAUUCCUGCUAUUCCAGCAGGUGAGUCCUACAGCUACUCAUGCGGUGGGAUGGAGGGACGUUACGUGAACUUAAUCAUUCCUGGAGACAUGAAGUUACUCACUAUGUGUGAGGUGAAGGUCUAUGGAGAAGGUCCUUGUUUAAAAAAAACGUUUGUAAAAAUUCAGUUUAAAUCCAGCAAUGAUUUGACCAACCCUACAAUGAGAGGAAAUGUUCUGAAACAG